AUGGCAUCCACCGCCAACGCUGACUACAUUCCCCGCACUACCGAGUCUCUGUUCGGAGGUGCCGAGCCAACGACGUGGGGAAUCGGUACUACCGGUAUCGCCGGCCCGGACAUGCGGGAUGGGAAGCCCGCGGGAACAGUGUUCAUCGGCAUCGCGUCUCCCGGUAAGAGUCACGUAUUCGGGCCGUUCAACUUCCCUGGGUCGAGAAAGCAGGUGCGGGAGCUCACCGUGUUGGAAGCGCUGGCGAGGUUGAGGGCCGAGUUGGUUGCUCGCGCUGAGGAGAACAAGACCAAAGUCGUCUGUAACAUCUGA